AUGGUUCAACAACCUUACCCCGAGAGCAUAAGGACGUUUGACAUGUUAGCCACUCAGUUCAAAAAGCACUUCAUCGCUGGGAGUAGGCAAACAAAGACUAGCGUUCAUUUGAUGACGGUGAAGCAAGGGGAGAAUGAAAGUCUUAAGGACUACAUCAAGAGGUUUAACACUGAGUCUCAGCUCAUCCCUGACCUCCAAGACAAUGUUGCUUUCACAGCCCUUCUCUUUGGGCUCAAGUCUAACAAGCUGAAAUUUGAACUUGUCCAUGACAAGGUGAGCACCUUCUCUGAAGCUAUGGAGAGAGCUGAAUGGAUCAUUGAAGCUAGUGAGGUGUGCAAGGCACCCGUGGCAAACAACAAGGGGAAGAGAAAGCAAGAGGAUAAUUAUCAUGACAACCGGAAUAGAAGGUCGAGGAGAGCUGAGAGUGAUGAUGAAGGACUUAAGUACAAUGCUGACAGGCGUGAGAUCUACCUAGACAUAAAGCAUAAGGCUAUUCUUCCUAAGCCUAACCCCAUGAACACGCCGAUAGAGCAGAGGAACAAGAAGCUUUGGUGUGAAUACCACAAGGAGUGUGGCCAUACCACCCGGAACUGCAGAGAGCUCAAAAGAGCCCUUGACAAGCUAAGCCCCAAUUGGGAAGGCCCCUACAAGAUUACAGAAAUAGUCCGCCCGGGAACCUAUCGCUUACAAACCCCUGAUGGCAAGGUCCUCCCUCGGCCAUGGAAUGCAGACAACCUCCGGAGGUUUUAUGUUUAG